CUGGAACAUUCUACUUCCGUCAACAAACAAUUUGAUUCGCAUCCUAGCUAAGCAUUUCGUUCGAGAUAGAGACCUAGUAUGAUAAAUAAAGGUUCUUUCUACAAAGACGUUAUUUGUCAUAUGCCAUGUAUGACCCACAUAAACCACCCAAUAUCAUCAAGAAUAUUAACGAGGAGCUGCUUAUUCCUAAUAAACUUUGUCAGCCUAUUUCAUCCGAUAGAUCAGUGUGCAUUGUGAAUGAAGAAUGGCUCAGAAAUAUACAGAGAGGUCAGAUUAUUGCUGUUUCUGGUGCAGACUCAAUUGAAACAUGUUUGGCAGAGAGAUAUCUUUCUCGAUCAUGUGACAAGAUACCAACCCCAUGGGUUAGGAUUACAGUAAAAACUAUUCUGAAGUCAGAUGAGCUUUAUGAAAGUUUACCUGGCCAAUGUCUACAAAAGCAGUGGGCAUGCGGCAGUCUGUAUGAGUUCAUGUCUCAUAUAACUAAAGAAAAUAUGACCAACUUAUGGAUACAAGCUCAGAGUACGUUAACUAAUGGAGCUCAGUUUUAUUCAUCAAAAAAAGAAAGUUUAACAUUUACAGAGUUAGUGAGAAAACUUCUCCGAAGACUGAACCCAUUAGUGUACAUCAACCUCCAGCCAUCUCUUGACACAGACAUUUCAAGAUCAACUACCAGCAGCAUUUGCUCCGCAGACUCUAUUUGCACAGGCAGCAGCAGUAGACCAGGCAGCUUUUACACUGUAACAGAUGCCCCCUUAUGCCAUGGCAUUGUUCCUGUUCAUGCAGUUAUUGAGACAGAGCAUUGCUUCUUUGUCAUUCAGCCCUAUUACCAGUUUGUCCUACGCAACGCCAUCAGUUAUAGCCCGUCCAUACUUGACACAUGCCAUGCCAAGCCACUGUUUAUAUUUUAUCAGCUGCUUCAUGUGAUGCAGUCCUUGCACAAUCAUGGUCUUCGAAUGGGAGAUAUACGACUCAGUGAUAUUGUUAUGGACAAAAAUAUGUGGUUGCGUGUCACCUGUCCAAGGAUUUCUAAUCUUAAAGCUGUCAAUACCAACUUGUCCAGUCCAGAUUCUCUUUCAGGGUCAUUAUAUUUAACUGCCAAUUCACCUGAUGCUAGUCACAAAUUACAUUUUUUAUCUCUCUUCAAUGAGAAUUAUACUUCAUCAUAUCAACAGAGUCCCAAUGGAACAACAAAUCAAGAAAAAAUGUUUCAAGCAGCCUGUGAUUUUAUGAAAGCCCAGCAGUAUAAAAAUUUUGAAAUCACGAUGUUAGACUCUAUAGUUGAGGCCUGGGUUCAUCGUCAGAUCAACAACUUUCAAUACUUGAUGAUUCUGAACCAUCUAGCUGGAAGACAAAUGGGUGACCCCAAUAACCAUCCAGUACUUCCGUGGGUUUUGGAUUUUUCUUCACCAGAUUCAGGUUAUAGGGAUCUCAAAAAGUCAAAGUUUAGGCUAAAUAAAGGUGACAAUCAACUUGAUUUUACUUACUCAGGGAUGGGAGAGUUCUCAGAAACUAUGGCACAUGUUCCUCAUCAUGUGAGUGAUAUUCUUUCAGAUAUUACGUAUUAUGUUUAUAAAGCGAGACGCACAUCUAAAAGUAUUCUCUGUGCUCAUGUGCGAUCAAAAUGGGUUCCCCAUGAAUACCCACUGAGUAUGCAACGUUUGCAAGAUUGGACUCCAGAUGAAUGCAUCCCAGAAUUCUUCACAGACCCAACCAUUUUUGACUCUAUUCAUGAAGAUCUUCCAGACUUAGAGAUUCCCCCAUGGAGCAAAAAUGCAUUAGACUUUGUCAUCCGACAUUUAGCAGCCCUGGAAUGUGAUUAUGUCAGUACCAACCUUCAUCAUUGGAUUGAUCUAACUUUUGGUUAUAAGCUUAGUGGAACUGCUGCUGUGAAAGCUAAGAAUGUUCAUCUCCACCUGGUGGAUCAACACACUUACCUUAUUCCCUAUGGAGCUAUGCAACUUUUCGCACAACCCCACCCCCAGAGAGAACCUCAGAAAACUGCAACAGCCUCCAUGGUGCCUCAGAUUACUAGAGUUUUACUCAAUUCUCAACUACUAACAUAUGGAUUACCAGAAGUGCAAAAAGACUCUCAAGGAUCUGAAUUGAGUGAAAUGUCAGAGGCUGGGAGAAUCAACCAGGCAACAAUUCAUUUGCCUAGAAACUAUAACCCAACCACUGAACUAGAGCAAUGUGAAACCCUGCAGGAAUUUAAAGCCAAGGCCCUGCACUCGACAAGAACACAUUUCCCAGCACCCAAGCCGCCAUUGCCCCCAAAAUAUCAAGAUGAUGGUGUCACUGAGGAUAUGGUAACUCUAUUGUGUUUGGUGUGUGAAAUAUUCCUUGAUUCAAGGCUACGCAUGCAAGACACACAGGUACCUUUGUGGAAAAGACUUAAGACAAUCAAGAAAAUACUUUCCCCUGAUUAUUCAGAAAUUCAGAGACCUCUUCAGAAAUUUGUGAUGGACAUGUUUGAAAGUCUAGAAGUGACACCGGAUAAAAAGUUUGUAUUACAAGCCAUAUUUCCUGAUGGCAGUCCACCGCCAACCCCCAGCUUGUUGAUUCAAUCCUACUCAGACCUGAUCCCUUACCCAUCCUACUUUAGUGAGCUGUAUUCUUGUCUGAGUCAAAUUGAAGGCAAACAAUUGGAGAUUGAGCAGCUGAAGAUGAGUUGGAUGCCUUUAGGGGAAAAAACAAACAGAAUUAAACAGCUGGAGAGAGAAAAGGUUCCCAUACUGGAUAUGUUUUUAUGGCGCCAUCAAAGUUAUCUUGGAUCAGAAGGUAUGGGUUUAGUCUUACCUUACAUCCAGGAUUUAUUACAAAAUGAAUUCACCACAGUCCAUGCAGCCUGGUCACUGUUCAAUGUAGUCACCAGAGAACUUGGUCCAGAAGAGUCCACCAAACAGUUUUUGCCUUCCUUGACUGCUCUUUAUUCUGGAGAAAUCUCAUCAGCCAAGCAUAUUAAACUUUACCACAGAUCUUUCUUGACUCACCUUAUCAUACGCCUAGGUUUAAAAACAUUUCUAACAUAUUUCUCAACGUUGCUUGUUGAAGCUGUGGCAGGCUACAAGGACUUUCCUAUCGCCAACAGGUUCUACUCAGAGGAACUCAUGGAAGCUUUAAACCAAGAUGCUAUUUUUACUACAAAGCGAGACAUUGCCAAGUCUACUCCAUGGACUGAGGGUGUUCAGGAUUACAUUGACUCUGUAGAUGAGGACAAUGUGGAAGACUAUGAGGGAAGAGAUGAAGAUAACCUAGAUUCUCUGACAGAUCCCACAGCAUUCGAUGGCAGCCAUGUUUUGUUAGAGACAGAGGGUGUAACAGUAAAAGAUAGUUUAGAACAAGCUGAUGAUUUGGAAAGGGUUUCUAUCGACAGUGUGGAAGGAGAAGAUGUAAUUAGUGAAGCUGUAAGCCAACUCCGCAGAACAAAAGCCUCUGGAUACAGCAGUGAAGACCAAUAUUCCAUUCACAGCCUUUCCAAUAUCUUACAAAAAAGAAAUCCCUUACAGAGUAUUGACCUUGACCCCUUUGAAGACACUGACAUUGUUUUUGAAGAGAAUGAUCAGAAUGAUGCUCCCAGUUCAGCUGCACAAGGUAUAGAAAAGAAGAUAAAAAGUUCUCAGAAGGAGGAUACACUGGAACCAAAGUCAAGCAGAAGUGUUCUCUCAGAUCAACCAAGUUCUCAAACAAGGCAUGCUCAUUUUUCAAAAAGUCUUCCUGUCCAGUCUGAAGGCAAUUUUGUUCUGAAUGAAAAUCUAGACAAAAAUACUUGUACAAAAGAAGCUGCAGUAAAAGUAGAUGCAGAUUCAGCUGGUGAUAAUAAAGAAAAGCUUGCUAGAGACAAUCAGCAUUUGGACACUAAAAAAGAAGACAGCCCUUCAGAAAAUGUGGAUAGAGUCGAUGGCAGGAAGUCAACCUCAGACAUGGUUCGCAGCGAGACAGAGGAUCUUAUGCAUCACCUGACAUCAGACAACUCUGGCUGCAUCUUCAACAUCAGAGACGUUGCUUGUGACUCUGUCAAGUGGCUGUGUCAUAAACUAGGUCCAGUGCUGGCCACCAAAUAUCUGUCCAGAAACUUGGUCCGCAUGCUGGCCCUGUGUUACCUUGGACAAGAACAGCUGCAGUUUGUUGAUGAAAAAGAGGUCAGUAAGACAUCCAGGCUUGUGGUUGGAGAUGUUAAUGCUCAAAGAGUGCUGGAAUGCAUAGGAUUCUCUGUGGUACUCUAUGGAGAGCAAGUUAUUCUCAUUCAAUGUCUACCCAAUAUCAUGGACAUGAUUGCACUGGCCCAGAAAAGAUUGUCCCCACGAACUGAAGCUGGACUUAUUGCCUCCGUCAUAUUGCUGUCUUUCCUGAUCCCUUACAUGUCUGAUACAUCUCUUAUGUCUGUUUUAGAAGAUCAUAUCCUUAGCUCCUGUAUCAGUCCAAUUGUCUCACUUAUUACCUCCCCUACCACCUGUUGCCCAAAUGGUCCACUUGCCAGAUUGGUUCUCUGUCACAAAUUCAUUGACUUGCUGUAUAUCUUGGGACUCCGUCUCGGAUUUGAGAUGACCAGAAAGUAUUUAACAAAGACCAUGGUCACCUUGUUCAACACAUUCAGCUAUGUCUAUGGCCAGUCAUUUUCUCCCAUUGAAAAUCAGUCUUUGGAGUCAACUCAAGAGGCUACCAGCUCUGGUUCCGAUGAGUCCUAUCUGAAUAUUAAAAUGGACAUUUUGACAAAUCAGUACAAAAUUGGGUCACCAGUGGAUCCAAGAACACUUAAAUCUUUACCAAAGAAGACCUUAAGUAAGAUGCACAGCCUGAGCAGUGUGGGAAUCAUAGAUGACAAAGAUGAUUACAUGGAUGCAGCUAGAUCCCCUUCAACUACUACAGAGAAAUGUACAUUGGAAUUGAAAACUGUGUUUUCUGCUGAACUAGCGCAGGCCUGUUACAUUCCCUUUUGUAGGAUAUUUGGAAGCAUUCAUAUGGAAGAGAAUCUCAAUAAUGAAGACUUAAUAAGACAACUGUGUGCCCAGCAUGACAGUCAGACAGAUUCUUUUGUUCAACAAGCUGAAGACAACAAAGUGUCAGAGGCAGCUCAGGUGGAUGAAGAUCUGAUGACACCAACAGAUGACAGUGUUGUCACAGGUGGUCUUGGUAGCAAUGUGGCCCUGGUUGGAAACAGAAUCAGUUUAACUGAUUCUUCUCUCAGCACACCUGUUCGCUCAGAAAUAGGUCAGUUUGGCAGGGGCUAUAAACAUAAUGGAAUCUUGUCUAUUCAUUAUGAAGACAUACGAUCAGCUGAAAUGGAGUCUAACAAAUCUAGACAUCUCAAAGGCAACUGGUUGGCUUAUUGGGAGAGAGAGUUGGGUUUGCAUGAAAGAGACACAAUGUUUAAUUUUUUGCAAAUUGAACUGCAGACAUACAUUGGGCAUAGUAGCAGCAUACGAUCCAUACAUGCAAUGGAUACUGAAAACUGUUUUAUUUCUGCAAGCAAGGAUAAAACUGUCAAACUCUGGUCUAUAAAUAGCUGUGGUGAUGGCAUGAAAAAACAAACUUCCCAGUUUUGCUACAUGCGUCAUAAGAAAUCUGUUUUCUCAGUUUGUUAUGUAGAGAGUAUGAGACUAGUUGCCUCAUGUGAUAGUACAGUACAUAUCUGGGAUCCCUACACUGGUGUGUCAGUCAAUCAACUUGAGUCCUCCAGUUAUCCCCCCAUUGUUGCCUUGGCUUCACUUCCUGCUCCAUCCCCUUUAGUUGUCACAGCAACCACUGAAGCCACCUUGAGAUUUCUAGACCUGCGAACAUCAAAAUAUAUACAUGAGUUUCAUUGUUCAGUGGGAAACACAGGUUUGAUUCGCUGCCUGGUAGUGAGUCCAGACAGCAGUUGGAUUGCUGUAGGCUUCUCCUCAGGCUUGAUUUCCAUACUAGAUAUUAACAGUGGCAUCUUGUUACAUUACUGGAAAGCUCAUGAUGGGGAAAUCCUUCAGCUGAAAGCAUAUAGCAAAUCUCGAUUGCUGUCAUCUUCCUUUGACCAGACCAUCAAACUGUGGAAUGUAGACACUGGUCAGGAAGUUUGUGCUAGUAAAAAUCAAUCAGAGCCAGUGCACUGUUUGUGUUUGUAUAGAGAUCAGCUGAUCUGUGCCACAACUGCCAAUAAAAUCUCUGUCUAUGCCAAUAUUACUGAUACAAACCCAGCAUCGUCAUCAAAACUUAGAUCUUCUGCUUUUAAAGGAGUGCUCACUCACAUGGCAGUACUGCCACUGAACAAAGCUCUGCUGCUCAGUUCUGACAAUGGCAUUAUCAGGCUCAUGGCAUGACAACAUUAUCAACAGAAUACACUUUGAAUGAUGGUAAUCACAGCCAAGGCAUUCUCACAGCACAACAGGACAAGAAAAUAUUGUCCACACAUUAUUAAUUCAGUUAUUGUUGCCAUCUUGUUGCAAAAGAAAAACAUGUGAGUUGUAACAUACAACCUGCCUCUGAGAUAUAUGACUAAGUUUAAUAUGCAUUUCUGUUUUUUGAGUUUGCAUGUUUAGAACUGGUUUGUUGAUGUUACUGUUUUCUGGGUUUUUAGAUAAGUUAUCUUUUUUUCCCCAUUAUAAAUUGUAGACCUAACUAAGUCACAUUUGUACAAUGCACACCAACUUUCUGAACCAGUUUGUAAGAGUUUCGUUAGUACAUUGUUAAACAUACUUUUAUAUUAAGCUUUUUAUUGAUCUUUACCCAACCAUCCAUCCUAUUAGCAUGUAGGGCUCUGGUCUGAUUCAACACAUCUUUCCAUUCAAAUCUCGCCCAAGCUUUUUGUCUCAUGUAUGAACUCCAAGUGAGUGUAGAUCUGCUUCUAUCAAACCAUUAGAUACUAAUGUAGAAAAAUGUUGUGUUUACAGUAGCGGUAGUCAAGUUCUAAUGUAUUAAGGAGUAAAAACUUGUUUUUUUGUUAUCAAUUUGGAACAUUAUAAUAGAAAAUUAAGUGCUAUUUAUUUUGAUUUUAAGUGACUGAAAACUAGAUGUUUAAAUCAAUUCUUUCAUGAAUGAAGUAAAGAGUGCCCUUGCCACAGUGUAUAGAGAGCCAACUGUAUAAAUGAGAUAAUGAUGAGGCCUCAUUCUGUUUUAAUGUUCACAGAAAUAUGCUUUGUUUCUUUAUUACAUUUAAUCUUUCACAAAUUUUGAAAAAUAUAGAAUUUAAAAUAAAAGGUAACUCUGUAUACUUCUGCUACACCAUCUGACUAGAAUUAGGAUUUUGAGGGUUAAAUAAAGUGGUUAUGGCUUAUUAUUGAGAUUUGUAAUGGACAAUUAUGAUUUUUUCAAACUUUAUCUUAUUCUUACCUAUUUUACAAUAAUAAUUGUUAGUUGAUUUUGUAUCAAAUUGAUAUUUCAAAUACUAACAGUUAAGACAAUUUAAGUCUUGAAAAAAGACCAAGUAAUUUUGUAAAUGUAUUUCAAAAGGCUCCAUUUAAAAAUAAAUAUGUUCAUUUCUUACCCUCUAAUACAUGCUCAAAUCAAAUGGUAGUAAAAAAAAUGAUGCCAUUGUAGCUCUUUUCAAUAGGUCAAGGACAAACAUUUUGCUCUAAAGGACUACUUUAUUAUUUUCAGGACUUCUCAUUUUUCUCUAUUCUUUCACAUUGUUCUAAGCUGAAAGCAAAGCUGGCCUACAAUGUACAGACAUGUAUUUCAUGUGAUACCUGACUAUGUUGAAAGACACACUCAUUUGUUUCUCAGCUAUUUCAAGUUGUCCUUCUCACUUUUCACUUGUUUUGUUUUUUAUUCAUUUACUGAAGUGUCUGAAAUAAUAUUCACUGCUAUUGAAACCAAGUAAAACUUAAACGCUGUAUGGCGACAGAAGCAAAUGGCAUAAUUUAAAAAUGUUUCUUUUACAUACGUGUUAUCAAAAGUUUAAUUGUUGACAUAAUAGAAAUGAAAGCAUAUUUCUUUCAAGAGUUUAUUUUAUAAUAAAGAUUUUUUUUGUAAUUGGUUUUGGUGACUAAGGUUUUCAAAGAAUUUAUUUUUGUAUUGCUUUUAUAUAUUUUAUGUAAACAGUUUAUUGUAUGAAGUGAUACUUUAUGUGUAUUUUUUGUUUUUUGUUUCAUUGAACAACAAAGGUUUCAUUUUUAUACAUUUUUUAAACGUCAAGAAAAUGUUUUGCAUGCCCCCUAUAGCCAAAACUCUGAAAGUGUAUUAAAUUAUAGACGCUAGUCUUAUUUUUUUUAUUGGCCUCCUUCAGUCAUAGAAUGACUAUGGUUCAUCUCACGCACUUCCUCAUGUGGCUGUGGAGCCCAAUUUUGGAGAGACUCUCCCGUCCACAAAUAUCGCAGGUUAAGGUGGCUUUUGCUUCAGUGGUAGAGGGUUAGGGCCAUUUUCGUAUUGUACGUUUUUCUUCCUGAGCUGAGACCCAUGUUCUUUCACUGUCCAUAGCUUUCUUGGUCACUGUCUCUCUCCAUCUGGUGCGGUCUAGAGCUAUGUCUUCCCAAUGGUCAGUAUUGAUGUUCACUGAUUUGAGGUCCCGUUUUAUUACAUCUAUGUAACAGAGGUGGGGGCAACCAGUUUUUCUUGAGCCUCUCGUGAGUUGUCCGUUGAGGAUGACUUUCGGAAUGUGAUUGUCCUCCAUCCGGCAAACAUGUCCAAGCCAACGUAAGCAGCAUUGUGUGAGGGUUGUAAAGAUGCUGGGAAUACCUGUUCGUGCAAGGAUCUCAAUAUUGCACACUUUUUCUUUCCGUGUGAUUUUCAUGAUCCUACAGAGACAUCUCAAAUGGAAUGAGUUCAGUUUUCUCUCUUGCUUUGCAUAGGUGGUCCAUGAUUCACUGCCAUACAGUAGUGUACUCAUAACGCAUGCCUUGUAGACUCCAUUUUGGUCACUGUAGUGAGCUUCUGGUUUUCCUAAACUCUUGGCCUGAGUCUAGCAAAGGUCGAGGCAGCCUUUCGUAUGCGUUUUUUUAUCUUCUCUUCUACAGACAGGACAUCUUGAAUUGUGGAUCUCAGACGGCAGAAUUCAUUUACAGCGUCCAGCUUGUUAUCGUCAAUGAGGAUGGAGGGUGGUGCUGUAACAGGUGGUCCCAUAACAUUUGUUUUCUUCGUGCUAAUAGUCAAGCCAUAUUCUUUACAGGAGAGAAGCGGGACAUUAGUGACUGAAUUUCCUCUUGUGUGUGUGCCACUACCGCUGCGUCAUCCGCGAAUAACAUAUCUCUUACGAGGGUGGUUCUGAUUUUAGUUUUGGCCCUCAGUCUGGCAAUAUUUAGGAGUUUGCCAUCAAAUCUGGAAUGGAGAUAGAUGCCUUCGGUGGAUUUGUCAAACGCGUUGUGGAUUAGCAGUGAAAAUAGUAUUUCAAGAGGGAUGGAGCCAGGACACAUCCUUGUUUAACUCCGCUGUUUAUACUGAAACUUUCUGAGCUGGCACCAUUGAAUUGCACUGUACCCAUCAUAUUUUGGUGGAAAGAUAUGAUUACAUUUAGUAGCUUGGGUCAAGAACAUGUUUUGCAUGCACCCUAUAGCCAAAACUUUGAAAGUGUAUUAAGUGAAAAUAGUAUUCCAAAGAGGAUUGCUGUUUAUACUGAAUUGCACUGUACCCAUCAUAUUUUGGUGGAAAGAUACGAUUACAUUUAGUAGCUUGGGUCAAGAACAUGCACCCUAUAGCCAAAACUCUGAAAGUGUAUUAAAUUAUAGACCCUAGUCUAUAUAUCAAAAUACUCAUUAAAUACAUUUAAUUUAAACAAUUUUUUAUUCUUUAAUUUAUUUAUUACAGUUGUCAGUUAAAAUGCAUAGUCAAUUUUGAUUGAUUUCAAAUGUAUAAAAAAUGACACUAACUCAGAGGGUUACUAGUCAUUAUUUAUUUUGACGUCUGCUACUUUUAAAAUAGUCACUAAUUGAAAUUAGCUUUAGAUCCAAUGGAGCAAAAGAUUGUAUUUUUUUUAAACAUAUAGAGUUAAAAUAAAAACACAAAAGUGUUGAGUGAUGGCUUGCAGUAAAGGUUUAUUUCUAAAAAGUAAUUUUUAAUAUCUUAAAUUUAAUGACUAAACACUUUUUAGUGAUUAGCUCAAAAAUUAUGCACCUAGUUAUACUAGACAAAACAAGACUAGAAUAGAUUACACUACAAUAGACUAAUCAGGUUUGAAAUUAAAUGCAUUGAAAAAUGACAGUAAAUUUUAAAGCCAUUUCUAUCUCUAUCAUUUUGUUGAUUAUUUACAAAUGCAUGAGGUUAGAUUUUGCUACAUCAAAACUAAAUUUUAUAAAAUUUAACUUUAUCACAGUAAUUUGCUUCUUUCAAAAAGUUUAUUUUAUUGCUGCUACCUGUAAGAAAUUAAAUUAGCCUAUCACUUGAUUAGGAAGAACAUGCAUUAACUUUUUUUUUUAUUUUGAAGUAGUCUCUUUUUAGUGAACUAAAUUUUUUACUUCAUGGAAUUUCAGUUUUGAGGGUUUUUGUGUAGUAAAAAGAAAGAGUCACUUUGUUGUUUCUAACAGUGCUGCUUAGUGAACUAUUCUUCAGUCCCUCUUGUCAUUGACUUCAAGUGCUCAUAGAGACAAAUGAUGAUGCAAUGCAAUGUUGAUGUAUAAAGGUCAACAAAUUCCAUUCUGAUGCCAUACACAGAAAGAGAACAAACCCAGUACAAUUUGAAAAUUGACUUUCCUUUAUUUUUUUUUUUACUUUUGUAAAAUGUGUAUUAUUUACUUCCUUUUUUUUUUUUUUUUUCAUCAUUCCAUUUUUUUUACAAUCUUUAUCUCAUGUUUUUGUACAUAGAAAAAGGUUGGUUCUCUGACCUUCACCUUUGAUGUUUAACAUAAUGGUGACAUGUUGUUAGUAUUUACACAAUGCUUUAUUUUGUUGUAUUUAUUGUUUACCUAGCAUUUGUUUUGUUAACUCUUUAAUUCUCACAAAAAGAAAAACAAACUUCAGAUUUAUCCUAGACCUAACUUUUUUUUUUUAUAUGUUACUAUUUUAUUUUGAUCACAAUUUUUGUUGAAAUAGCAAAAAUAGCAAUAGCCAGAUUUCUUGACCAAGUAUAUACAAUUGUGUUUGUUAGCUGGAUAAUAUAUUUUAAGUAGAUAUCUACACACAUUUUUUUUUAUUCAGUAUUAUAAAUGCAUUUCAGAAUUUGUCAGUUUUAGCCAUUAUCCAUGACAAAAAAAAUAUGAAAUGAAUUUGUUGAAAAGUUGAAAAAAAAAACUAUGACAAUAGUCAC